AUGAUGGCCCAUGCAGAGAGGGGAGGCAAAAUAGAAGUCAUGGGGCUAUUGCUCGGCAAAGCUGUCGUGACACCCGAAACUCCCGACGCUGGGUCUCUGGGUGAAGCCACCGUCUCGACACAUUACGAAAGCGUAUCUUCAGUUUCUGAGAUAGAGAGGGAAGCGGAAGGCCAGCAUGAAAUCCAUAGGGGGUAUUUUGUUGUGACGGACUGUUUUGCGUUGCCUGUGGAGGGCACAGAGACGCGGGUCAAUGCAGCGGAAGAGGCAAAUGAAUUCAUGAUUCAAUUUCUUGAGGCGGCAGAGAAAAUACCCGUACAACAGAAGGUAGUUGGUUGGUACCACUCCCAUCCUAACUACGGAUGCUGGCUCUCAGGGAUUGACGUUGGCACCCAACAGCUUCAGCAGCAGCACCAGGAUCCUUUUCUUGCAAUUGUUUUGGGGGGGUUCAGAACUUUUAUGCCUGGAGAGGCAAAGAGGGAAGAUGAGGGAGAUGCGGAGGCGGCUUCUUCGCAGCUGUUGCCUGCGGAAAAAGUGAACGACUUUGGUGCCCACUGGAAACAGUAUUACCAGCUGCGUGUCCACUGGUGCGCCAACUCCAUCAGUGCACGGCUGCUAGAGGGAAUGCGUAGUGCUUCGUGGCCACAGCUUAUUGUGGGCCAAAGCCUUCACCAGAACCGGUCUCUCGAGCUUCGCCGGCUAGAAGCGAUCGUUGAGUCUUGCAACGACGCCAUAAGCGCUGCUGAGAACAGUCAGCCCUUUUCCUUAGCAGGCAUCAGCGGCCAAGACGUGCGAGAGCAGUCUGACCUUGCUGACAGCGGCUUCGCUGCUGGAAAUUCGGAGGACGCGGAAUUAGGGGCCGGCAGGGGGAAGCUUCUGUGCGAUAAGCUCGUGGGCACUGCAGAAAAAGCUGCAGAUAUCGCGGUGCGAGCGCUUGGAGGGCUUGUUGAAGUUGCAGCCCUGAGCGCUGUCUACCGCGAUAAUAUUACAUGGCGCCAGCGAGUCCUUGCCUCUCGCAAAUCAUAUGAAGCACUGUCUUCGGGAACCAAACUUUAA